CUAGAGUCCGAGGUGACCCCGCCCGCCGCGGCUGAGUCCAAGAGCUGCAGCCCCAGGUGCAGCAUCACUCCGCGCCCUGGGUGAGCAGCUACCACUGGCUGAGGAGAAGGCAGUAACCGUUUGGAGGCUGGGCGCCAGCACAAAAAUCGCUUCCGGCCUGGCGCUGAAUUUUCAACUUAACCCGAGCCAGGCUCCGGAAGUUAAAGUUAAUAGAGAUGACUCCGGAAACUAAACCAAAUUCCUACCGUUGGCCGCCUCCCCGACCCCGCCAGGCGGUUAGUGUGCUGCGCCACCCGGAAUAGUCCCUUCUCUCUGAAUUCUCCUGCGGGCUGCAGCCAGGCUUGGUGAUUCAAGGGCUGGCGACUUUCGGGCCCGCUGGUACCACAUUCGGCCGCGAGAGGUGGCUGGCAGCAUGGCGGACCGCGCAGACUACAGGGAAGGCACUGAUGCUCAGCAGCUAGUGAUCCUGCUUCCAGAAUGUCUGAAAGAUGCUUCAAAGAAGAUGAAAACUGGGCUUAUGUUUGUAAAGUUAGUUAACCCAUGUUCAGGGGAAGGAGCCCUCUACUUGUUCAAUAUGUGUCUACAGCAGUUGUUUGAAAUAAAAAUUUUCAAGGAAAAACACCAUUCAUGGUUUAUAAAUCAAUCAGUUCAAUCAGGAGGUCUUCUCUACUUUGCCACACCCAUGGACCCUUUAUUUCUGCUCCUCCACUACUUUAUAAAGGCUGACAAAGAGGGAAAGUUUCAGCCUCUAGAUCAAGUUGUGGUGGAUGAUAUGUUUCCGAAUUGCGUCUUGUUGCUGAAACUUCCUGAACUUGAGAAGUUACUUCAACACGUGACAGAGGAAAAAGGGGUCUACUAUAUUCACACUUGGCCAGACUUACUACUCCAUUUUGUAUCUGAGGGGUUUGUGGUGCCAAGGUUUUAUCAAAGCAGUCCAUUAAAGACAUUUCCUGAUGCUGAGCUUGGCAGAAAAAUAGACAAAAAGAAGUAUUACAAGUAUAGCAAAGAGAAGACAUUAAAGUGGCUGGGAAAAAAGGUUAAUCAGACUAUGGCAGCAUUAAAAACCAAUAACAUCAAUGUUGGUGCUCGGGUACAGUCAAAUGCAUUUUUCUCUAGUCACCAGAUUUCCAGUGACAAGGAAGAGAACUAUAUUUGUUAUGCUCAUGGUCUCGUAUCUGAUUAUAUCCCUAAGGAAUUAAAUGAUGACUUAUCUAAAUAUUUAAAGCUUCCAGAACCUUUGGCUUCAUUGCCAAAGCCUCCAUCAAAGAUUCAUUUUCUGGAGGUUGCUGUGUGGCCAAGCAGUUUUUUUUUCCUUUAUGUAAUAUAGUACCAGGUGCCUCUCUGUUGUUCUAGAGAAGAAUUUCAAGACAUGUACAUGUGCUGUGGCAUCUUUUAGUACCAACUUUACCAGUUCUUUGAAGCUGGGAUCAAAAUUGUAUUUUCUAGGGUCGAUCCAUGUGGGGUCUUACCACUCUGUUAUCCACAAAGAGCUUGAAAAUCUGCAAAAUUCUGAGCUAGGAUCACUGUAUAGUCAAUGUUCCAUUUAAAGACAUAUCUGCCCUACUCUUUGCCCUUUACAUAAUAAAUGUGGCAUGAUUCCUUCUCUAAUGAGAACAUUAAGACUAAGUCUACCUCUUGACAAGAUUCUCAUGUACAUGAAUGCAAAAUACUCACGUGAAAGGUGAAAAUAUGAAGUAAACGUUGACUUAGUUGCAUUGGGCCUAAUGGGAAAAGGGCUUGUACAAAAAUUGAGAUCUCUCCCUAAAUAUUUUACUAGGCAGCCUUAAGUUAUUUGCUUAACAUUUCUCUCCUUCCUUUUCCGCUGCAUGCUUGAUUUGCAAAGUUGUUCUUAUUUGGAUGAAAUGAGAUUAUUGAAUUGAAAUGUAACAACAUGAAGUUAUAAAAAGAUGGUGAUAAUAGCUAUUCCUAAAUGAAUAUUAUACCAGCCCAAGAGGUGAAUGAAGAGGAGGUUCUGGCCCUACACAGCUGGCCUCCUUAAAGGAAACUCUCAUCUUUGGUAUCAUUCCUACAUUCACGCCCUUAAACUGUCCUGGAAGUCAGCAGUCCCUAUGCAUGGUGCAUGCAAAGUAUGUGAUCAUUACUACUAGACUGCCUAGAGACUGGGGGUGGGACUUGCUUAAUUAUUUACCCCCAUUACCAAAACUGAUCCUCAGAAGGGCUGUGUGGCUUAGUUCCCUAGAUAAUAAGCAAAAUGUAGAGGAACUUAUAAAAAAAUAAGCACUUUGCAGGGUCAACUGCUUCAUUUGGCUUCAUUGUAUGUCCAAAUUGCACAUUGGUUCUUUCUAAAUGGAUUGAUGUAUCAAGGUGAUAUUUUAUACCACUUCACUGCUCUAACAUUGCAGAAAGUAAAAUUAUCACAUGAACCCAUAGAAGCAAAAGAAGAUUAUACUAAGUUUAACACUAAAGAUUUGAAGACUGAAAAG